AUGGGCCCUGCUGGCUGUGCCUUCACGCUGCUCCUUCUGCUGGGGAUCUCAGGGUCUUGCUCACGCUCUUUUCCCAAAAAGAAAGAGCUGCAAUCAGUGUGUGGGCGACCUGUAUACUCAAGCCGCGUUGUAGGUGGCCAGGAUGCUGCUGCAGGGCGCUGGCCUUGGCAGGUCAGCCUACACUUUGACCACAACUUUAUCUGUGGAGGUUCCCUCGUCAGUGAGAGGUGGAUACUGACAGCAGCACACUGCAUACAACCGACCUGGAGUACUUUUUCAUAUACUGUGUGGCUGGGAUCGAUUAAAGUAGGUGACUCAAGGAAAAGUGUGAAGUACUACGUGUCCAAAAUCGUCAUCCAUCCCAAGUACCAAGAUACAACAGCAGAUGUCGCCUUGUUGAAACUGUCCUCUCAAGUCACCUUCACUUCUGCCAUCCUGCCUAUUUGCUUGCCCAAUGUCACAAAGCAGUUGGCAAUUCCAGCCUUUUGUUGGGUGACCGGAUGGGGAAAAGUUAAGGAAAGUUCAGAUAGAGAUUACCAUUCUACCCUUCAGGAAGCAGAAGUACCCAUUAUUGACCGCCAGGCUUGUGAACACCUCUACAACCCCAUCGGUAUCUUCUUGCCAGCACUGGAGCCAGUCAUCAAGGAAGACAAGAUUUGUGCUGGUGAUACUCAAAACAUGAAGGAUAGUUGCAAGGGUGAUUCUGGAGGGCCUCUGUCGUGUCACAUUGAUGGUGUAUGGAUCCAGAUAGGAGUAGUAAGCUGGGGGUUAGAAUGUGGUAAAUCUCUUCCUGGAGUCUACACCAAUGUAAUCUACUACCAAAAAUGGAUUAAUGCCACUAUUUCAAGAGCCAACAAUCUAGACUUCUCUGACUUCUUGUUCCCUAUUGUACUACUCUCUCUGGCUCUCCUGAGACCCUCCUGUGCCUUUGGACCUAACAUUAUACACAGAGUAGGCACUGUAGCUGAAGCUGUUGCUUGCAUACAGGGCUGGGAAGAGAAUGCAUGGAGAUUUAGUCCCAGGGGCAGAGAACUCACAGGAGAGCCACUGCUAACCCUGGAUGACUUUAUUUACAAUUUGAAAUGAUUUUGUUUUUAAGGUUCUUGAUUUUGGAAGUUUUGGGGUUGGAAUGUGAACAGUUAAGAAAUAAAGCUGCCACUCUGUACAUUCUUUGUCCCUGACUAAUGCGUCUUCCAAGACAGGAAGGAUGUUCCCUAUGAAUAAGCAUUUGUAGACACAAAUUAAAUAGCUAUAAGACUAAUGCAUCUUCCAAGGCAGGAAGAUGUCCUCUAUGAAUAAGUAUUUGUAGACACAAAUUAAAUAGCUACUACAGAGGCAGGCAAGUAUCUGUGAUGACACAGGAAAAUAUAAUAAGGGUCUACCUCGUGCCCAUGAGUUGCAUCAUGGGAUUUUAGUCUAUUAUUUCUCACCUUCUCUACUAUCUUUAACUUCCCUUCUAACCCUCCCUUUACUCCUCAACUGUAACAAGAGGGCUAAUAAAAAAAUUCAUAUAAAGCCAACUCCGAGCACACUGCCUACGGAUUAGCUAGCCCUGCUCCAUAAGGAGCAGUAAAAAAAGAAGAAAAAUAAAGAGAGACGCAAACAUGGGUCAGCCAUGUUGGCUCACACCUGUAAUCCCAACACUUUGGGAGGCCAAGGAUCACUUGAGGCCAGGGGAUGAAGACCAGUCUGGGCAACACAGCCCCCGUUUCUUCAAAAGAAAUAUGAAAUUAGCCAAGAAUGGUGGCAUGUGCCUGUGGUCUCAGCUACUUGGGAAGCUGAGGCGGAAGGAUAGCUUGAGACCAGGAGUUCAAGGCUGCAGUGAGCUACGAUCACAUCACUGCACUCCAGACUGGGUCACAGAGCAAGACCCUGCCUUUUUUUAAAAAAAAAGGAAAAGAAAAGAAGGAAGGAAAUGCAUAUAUGUAGUUCAGCCCUAUAUUUUUCUUAAGUUUUUACUUUUUAAAAUACCAGUGUGACCUACUACCAACAAUGGAUUAAUGCUAUGAUCUCAAGAGCUGAGGUCUUGAGUUUCAACAAUCUGGACCUAUCUAAGUGGUUUAACUUCACAUCUAUAAAAAAAACACUUUAAAUAUUUAGAACAAAGGACGUUAUAGAAAAGAGCAUUAUAUCCCAUGCUUCCUUUGUUAAACAAUUACACGACCUAUCCUAUUCCCUUCUAUACCUAGGCUGCCAGAAACUCAGAGCUAACUUUUGAACUCAAUUACAAUCAUUAUCUUCACCACAGAUUUU